CGGGGCCUUAGAACCUGGAGAUCGCUGUGCGCGCGCCCGGGAAUUCCACGACCCUUCCCUCCCCCCCACCCCGCCCAGCGAGGGGGCGGGGCCCGGCGCACGGCUGGGGGUGGCGUGGAUCCCGAGCCGACGGUCCCCACGCCCCGAGAAUUCGUUUGUCUCUUUCUCAUUAAUUUCGACAAAAGAACUCUGAAGAAAAUCCAGCCUCUGCCCUUUCUUCCUCAAGUAAUUCUAUCCAGCAGGGAAGGAAAGAUAACUGGUGGCUGUAGAAGGCUAAACACAAAAAUGAGAAAAGUUGAUCUCUGCUUGAGCUCUGAAGGGUCUGAAGUGAUUUUAGCUACAUCCAGUGAUGACAAGCACCCACCUGAAAACAUAAUUGAUGGGAAUCCAGAAACAUUUUGGACCACCACAGGAAUGUUUCCCCAGGAGUUCAUUAUUUGUUUUCACAAACAUGUAAAGAUUGAAAGGCUUGUAAUUCAAUCUUACUUAGUGCAGACCCUGAGGAUUGAAAAGACCACAUCUAAAGAGCCAACUGGUUUUGAGCUGUGGAUAGAGAAAGAUUUAAUGCACACAGAAGGACAGCUUCAGAAUGAACAAGUUGUGGCCCGCGAUGGCUAUGCCACUCACUUGAGGUUCAUUAUUGUAUCAGCCUUCGAUCAUUUUGCAUCUGUGCAUAACAUUUCUGCAGAGGGAAUAGUAGUCUCAACCCUUUCUUAGAAACUAUAAUGAAAUGUUCUUACAUGAUUCUUAACAAUAUAUUUAUUUCAACAUGAAAUCUUCAUCAAAAUAUGUUAUUAAAAGGAUUUGUGUCAAAAUCUUUUUGCUUUUAUUCAUAUUUACUUCAACAUUUUGGGCAAAAACAUUGUGAUUUCAUCAGUCAGCAGCACUGGCCACCAUGGAGGAUAUAAGAAACUCUGACUUCGGUAUACACAGUAAUCAAGGCUGUGACAAUACAUGAAAAUUUAACUGAUAAUGCAUUGUGUCCCCACACUAUCUAAUGCAUUGUGUCCCCACACUAAUAGAGUGCUCAUCAUAUCUCAGUGUAUUUUGUAAUAAAAGUAACACAGACUUCAUGACUUAAACCAAAGAAAUGUAUCUUUAUAUAGUUCUGGAGGCUAGGAAUUCAAUAUCAAAAGUGUUGCUAGGGUUGGUUGCUACUAGGGGCUCUGAGGAAAAAUCUGUUCCAGGCCUUGUUUCUUAGCUUCUGGUACUUCAGCCUUUCUUUGGCUUACAGUGUUAUAGCUCCAGUCCAAUCACAUGACACCCUCCCUGUGUGUCUUUACAUCUGUCUCCCCUGCAUGUAUCUGUCUUCAUGUGUCUUGUCUUACGACAGGAACAAACACCUACAUGUGCUCACCCAAUUGUAGUUUUAACUUAAGAUGUUUUCAGAGAUUUUAAAAGAUAGCUAUUUUCUUUUCUAUCUCACUCUCCUAUCUGUUCUCAUACCACCCACCACCAUUCUCCAAGUGAGGGAAUUGAAGAAUGUCUUUACAACUCCAGUCAAGGUCACUAUAUUCCUUAUCUGGUAGGCUACAGGAGUGAAAGAACAUUUGGGACAGGAUGGAAUACAACUCUGGAGACUAAUGCCAGCACAUCAAGUAUUAAGGGAGCCCAAGGCCACCAUCCAGCC